CCUGCUGCCUGCCAGAGCCAUCAAGCCCAUCGACCGUAAGUCCGUCCAUCGGAUCUGCUCGGGACAGGUUGUGCUGAAUCUCGGCACUGCGGUGAAAGAGCUGGUGGAGAACAGCCUUGAUGCUGGAGCUACCAACAUCGAUAUAAAACUUAAAGAUUAUGGAGCAGAACUGAUAGAGGUUUCAGAUAAUGGAGGUGGGGUGGAAGAAGAAAACUUUGAAGGCCUGACUCUGAAACAUUAUACAUCAAAGAUACAAGAAUUUUCUGAUCUAAUACGUGUUGAAACAUUUGGGUUUCGAGGUGAAGCUCUGAGUUCACUGUGUGCAUUAAGUGAUGUGACCAUUUUUACCUGUCAUAAGUCUGCAAAGGUUGGAACUCGUUUGGUAUUUGAUCACAAUGGUAAAAUUACUCAGAAAACUCCUUUUCCACGACAGCAAGGAACAACUGUUAACGUACACCAGUUAUUUUAUACUUUGCCGGUGCGGCAUAAGGAAUUUCAAAGAAACAUUAAAAAGGAAUAUGCAAAAAUGGUCCAGGUGUUGCAGGCAUACUGUAUUGUUUCAAAAGGAGUACGGAUUAACUGCACUAAUCAAGUUGGCCAAGGGAAAAAAGGCUCUGUGGUAUCAAAUACUGGAAGUCCUAGUUUAAAAGAGAACAUUGGAGCAGUAUUUGGGCAAAAACAGUUGCAGAGCCUCAUUCCUUUUGUUCAGCUAUGUCCUAAUGAAGCUGUCUGUGAAGAAUAUGGACUCAAUGCUACUGACAUGCCACAAAAUCUUUAUAGUAUUACAGGCUUCAUUUCUCGGUGUGAUCAUGGUGUUGGAAGGAGUACAACAGACAGGCAGUUUUUCUUUAUCAACCAACGUCCCUGUGAUCCAGCGAAGGUUGUCAAGCUUGUGAAUGAAGUGUAUCACUUAUACAAUAAACACCAGUAUCCAUUUGUUGUCCUGAACAUUUGUGUAGAUUCUG